AUGGACGUCCACAACGCUGCCUCCGUCGACGCUCGUCUCGACACCGAGCAUGGCCCCGUCGUCCUCACACACGACAGACUCGACACGAAUGAGAUAAUCGUGUCCGUAGGCGACGAUGCCGCCGGUGCUGUCGCCGUCUUCAUAGGCACCACUCGUAACUCCUUCAAAGGAAAAGUAGUCACGAAACUCGAGUACCAAGCCUACAGCAAACUCGCCAUCAAGACCAUCUCCGACAUCCUCACCACCACCCGCGCCUCCGUCUCCCGCUCAUCCCACGAUCCUUCCCCCAACGCAGUCUCCCCGCUCAUACGGUGUACGGUGCACCACCGUUUAGGAACGGUACCGGUCGGAGAACCCUCUAUCGUGAUCGCCGUAUCGUCGCCACAUCGGAGGGAAGCAUUCGCCGCGUGUGAGCUCAUCCUCGAGGAGGUCAAGAAGAAGGCUCAGAUAUGGAAGAGGGAGUAUUAUGAGGGCGAACGGGAGGAGGAUGCGGAGUGGAAGGCGAAUGCAUAG